GCGAGAUCAACGUCCUUAUUGAAUCUUUGUUUUUACUCAAUUAGACACAUAAUUAACUGACUUGCUGUACGUAUACGACCUAAUUCGGUGAGAGAUAACACUACUAUUAAUUCACUGAUGAGUACGAGCAAAGACAGGAAAUUCGAAAGCCCGCAAAUUAGACUCCUUUUAGCUCCUCGGCGGUAGUUGUAUCGAAAUAUCGGAAUAUUCCAAGGGAAGGACGAACGGACGGAAGGAAGGAAGGAAGGAAGAAAGAGAACGUCCGAGAUCGAGGAGUGGAGAUGUUCAGGAGGUCACAACACAACGUAGCGCGUUCGCGUACGGACGCAGCGCGACGCAACGCGAAAAGGAUUAUCGACCGCGAGAGUCGCGGUUCAAAGAAGUACACGAGCACACGCAAUUACGUCUUCGACACGAGCGUAUUUUCGCCCGCCGAGAGUCCGAAUAGUCCUCGUUGUCGAGCAGGUAGCGAAUUUCGAUCGAGGAAGCGGCGUCGCGUGGCGGACAGGAUUCGGAGUCGCGUAACGAGAAAGUGGUCGAGUGGUCCAGGGUGGGUGCGCGCGAGCGAGCGAGCGAGCGAGCGAGUCCACAGGGGUAGGGAUACGAUAUACGAAAGUAAGCAUAGGCACCGUAGCGUCGUAGCAUCGCGGAUCAGUCGGUGAAUGUGCCGCGUCGUACACGGAGGAGGACAUCUCCUUAGGGGCAGGAGGAGAGAUCGCGUCUCGUCCCCAGCUCUCCUCGGUACAUCGCGUCCGCAUCUCGUCCGCUCAUCUCCGUUCACCCCUUGAAUGGCGACGGCAGCUGCGGCGGCAGCGGCGGCGGCGGCGGCGGCCGCGGCUCCUUAUGGGGAUGCUCGCUCUGGUGGUCGCGCGCGUGCACGCGUAGUGUCCGCCCGUGCACGCACGGGCGCCGCCGCGGCGUGAAGAAUGAUAGUGAGGUGACUUCGUCCUGGGCGCGGCGAACCCGGGGGGGAAAAAAAGGAGAGCUGCGAAAGUGAAUUAUAUACAUACAUGAUUGGCCGGUAUGUGCACGCGGUCUCGUGUCCACGGCAGAGCGAUCAUUCUGGCGAUCAUCAUCCUACUCUGGCGGAUCCGCUGCUGUCGGAGCACCACUCCGGACGCGUGUAACGUCGCUGCCGACGGGCGAGAGCUGCUGUGCCGCGGCGCGAGCCUGUCCUCCGUGCGGCCGAUUUACGACGUCGACGUACUACGGGCCGUUAUUCCUGACAACGUCACGAAGAUUGAUCUGACCAACAAUAAUAUAACGGACAUUCCAAUACGUGCUUUCCACCAAUUUUCCAAUCUCGAAAUUUUAUUUCUUCGACGUAAUCAUCUACAAAGCAUUCACGACGAUGCGUUCAUAAACUUAGCUACUCUUCGUAUAUUGGAGCUCGAUGAAAAUUAUUUAACGAGUAUACCGGCCGCCGCUGUAAAUCUACCUGAUCUUAAAGAAUUGUCUAUAUCGAACAAUAGAGUAGAACAACUCACGAAAAAUGCAUUGCGCAACGCUCAUAAUUUGGUGUCGCUCGAUUUACGUGGAAAUCCUGUUAAGGAGAUUCACGAUAAAACUUUCCGGGAUCUUAGGAAACUUCGUAAGCUGAUAUUAUCGAACGUGAAAGAACUGCGGCUCUUUCCUAAUCUAAAUGGAGCUAUAUCUUUGGAGGUAUUGAGAUUAGAUCGUUCUCAAUUGAAGGAGAUUCCUUCUAAUCUUUGUCAACAAUGUCCGAAACUCAAGAGUCUCGACGUCAAGUCCAAUUAUUUAACAGAGAUACCAAAUUUACGAAACUGCCGUGAACUCCGCGUUUUGGAUUUAGCUAGCAAUAAGAUUUCCGCGCUACCAGAUGAUGCUUUUAAUGGUUUGAGUAUGUUGCACGAUCUCCUCCUAUCCAACAAUAAUUUGCGAAGCAUUUCUAGCGAUGCGUUUGCCGGCCUAUCUAGACUUCAAGUUUUAGACUUGGAGAACAAUUACAUCGAAUACAUACACCCCGAUGCAUUUAGGGAAACGAAGCAAUUGGAAGACUUAAAUCUGGGAAACAAUGUUUUCCCUACACUGCCAAUAAGAGGUCUAGCAGGAUUGCUGCACCUUAAGACGUUCAAUAAUCCUGCGCUGCGAGAAUUUCCAUCUCCCGAAAGAUUUCCGCGAGUACAAACGAUGUUGCUGUCAUACGCUUAUCACUGCUGCUCGUUUCUGUCGGUUGAGGUGGAAGAACCUGUCACAAACUCGCCGGUACGGGAAUCAAUUUUAUUCCCCACUGACAAUGAAUUUGACGCGAGCUUAUGGAAUUCGAAUUCCAGCGAUAUCUGGCCACAAUUGGAUUUUACGUAUCCAGGAAACCUGCCUUCCUACGUAGAGGAUUAUUUCGAGGAGCUAGAAAGUCGCACGACACCGACGACUCGGACGAUAUCUUCCCAUAUCCAAUGCCUGCCACAACCUGGUCCUUUUCUACCGUGCCAAGACUUAUUCGACUGGUGGACCUUACGGUGUGGCGUGUGGAUAGUCUUCCUCCUCGCCAUGCUUGGGAACGGCACAGUAGUGUUUGUCUUGAUAUUUUCAAGAAGUAAAAUGGAUGUGCCGCGAUUUUUAGUUUGCAACCUAGCUGCUGCCGACUUCUUCAUGGGCGUUUAUCUAGGUGUUUUAGCCGUCGUCGAUGCGUCGACACUGGGAGAAUUUCGAAUGUAUGCGAUACCGUGGCAGAUGUCGGCUGGAUGUCAAUUAGCUGGUUUCUUGGGUGUCCUCAGCUCCGAAUUAAGCGUCUACACGCUCGCCGUCAUCACCUUGGAGAGGAACUACGCGAUAACACAUGCGAUGCACUUGAACAAGCGGCUGUCGUUGAAGCACGCGGGCUACAUUAUGACGAUAGGCUGGUGCUUCGCGCUAUCGAUGGCGAGUCUGCCGCUGCUGGGAGUUUCGGAUUACAGAAAAUUCGCCAUUUGUCUGCCGUUCGAGACAAACGGAAGCGCAGCGCUUGCAUACGUGGUAUUUCUCAUGCUUAUUAACGGUGUGGCCUUCCUGAUACUGAUGGGCUGCUACCUGAAGAUGUACUGCGCGAUUCGAGGCUCCCAGGCGUGGAACUCGAACGAUUCUCGCAUAGCAAAGAGAAUGGCGUUACUCGUCUUCACCGAUUUCCUCUGCUGGUCGCCGAUAGCCUUUUUCUCUCUCACGGCAACUUUUGGGAUGCAGCUGAUAUCUCUUGAGCAGGCGAAGGUGUUCGCGGUGUUCGUGCUGCCGCUCAACUCCUGUUGCAAUCCAUUCUUGUACGCGAUCCUUACGAAGCAGUUUAAGAAGGACUGCGUGCUGAUAUGCAAGGCGAUCGAAGAGUCACGCGUGACUCGCGGUAUCGGUAGAUGCCGGCACAGCUCCAACUUCAGCAAUCGCCAGACACCGGCCAACACGAACAGCCUGGUCGACAGGUCGUCGCGGGAGAACCAGGGCCUCCAGACGCCGUGCGCUUGUAACUCGAGACUGCUAGAGACCAGCCGCUGUCCUUCUUACCGUUGGUGGAGCGCCGGGAUCUUCUGGCCGUGCGCGCGCGAUUCUCGGCCGCGACACACGCGAAACGAUCAAUACGCCUACCAGAUCGCUCAGAUCCAGGAGAAGCAACACAAACGCGCGUCCUCGGUAUCGUCUAGCGAGAACUUCUCUUCGUCCAGGUCGGACUCGUGGCGGCAGACGCACCAUUGCGGUAUUCCGCUCAGGCUGCUCGAUCCGAAACGGAGAGCCACCUCCUGGCUGAUCACUAGGAAACCGUCGCAGGACUCGAACUUAAGCUCCUCACGCAACGACUCCUCCGGUUCCGCGACCACUGCCAGCACCAGUACCUGGCGCAUCUCGAGAUCCAGUGCCUCUCUAGAGAUUAGCGCGCGCAACACGCCGAGGCCGGCCAGGCCGAAGCCGCGAUUAACCCGUCAGCUCGCCAUACAGGAGCCGGAAUCCCCAGGAUCGCCAGGAAGACUGGCCGUUAGAUUACUCGCCACAAUACCUUCUGCGGCUGAGACCAGCGAUCAGCAGGACGACGAGAAUAUACCGAGCAAUUGAAUAUCCUCUUUUUUAAUCUCUUUUUCUCUUUCUCCCCCUCCCCCUUCUCCCUAUUCCCUCUCUCUCUUUCUCGCUGUACUUAUUUUUAUGUGUAUUAUAUAUAUAGUACACGUGUGUGUACAAUUACAUGCGCAUUUACAAAGUAUAUUCUCGUUGGGGAAACCUUCGAACAUUUUCAGUAUUAACUAUCUCUUCGCUGGUAUUACCUGUUUGUAGUUUGUAGCUACAUGUACGUAUAUAUUUAUAUUUAUGGCGUUUUAUACACCAGUAGAAUUGUCGCUUGAGCGGAUUAGAGAGCGACAACCUGGUAGAGAUUUUACGUAUGACUCGCGGAUGCCUUAGUGUAUUGUCGCGGUCCAAUUGCGAGGACGUUUUUCGUUUCGCUAAACGUCGCUAAACGUUGUCGCUCGUCGAUAACCGCGUGUUCUAACGGAUUUUAACGAUAUGUUCUUUUUUUCUAACGGAGAUAACGUCAACGAAACUAUGGUCUAAGUGUCUUUAUGAUCGGUGUGAAUUCGUCUACAUGCGAUCGUUCUGCGAUUUGUGUGACUGUGACCACUGAAGAAUCCAUCUUUAUUAAUUGUAUAGACGUUCAAAGUAGUCCGUCCGUCCGUCCGUAUAUAUAUAUGUAUAUAUACAUACAUACAUAUAUAUAUAUAUAUAUAU